AGUUUUUACAGCAAAAUUCCACCCAGCUUUCUCUCUCCUCUUUUCCCUCUCUCUUUCUCUCUCCUCCUCCCGCAUUUUUCCGUCGAUCAGCUUUCUCCGUCGAUUUUCCGGCACUCCUGUAAAAAAUGGAGUCGUAGAUAUUGCGGAAACCCUAAUUUGACGGUGAUAGAAAUUUCAAGAGAGAGACAAUGUCUCGACAAAUGAGUUCGGCUCAUUUUCAUAAAUCCAAAACCCUCGAUAAUAAAUAUAUGCUUGGUGAUGAGAUUGGGAAAGGAGCUUAUGGUCGAGUAUACAAGGGUUUGGAUUUGGAGAAUGGAGAUUUUGUGGCUAUUAAGCAGGUUUCGUUGGAGAAUAUAGCCCAGGAGGACCUCAAUAUCAUAAUGCAAGAAAUUGACCUGCUGAAGAACCUUAACCACAAAAAUAUUGUAAAAUAUCUAGGAUCCCUAAAGACGAGGAGUCAUCUUCACAUUAUACUUGAAUAUGUUGAAAACGGAUCACUCGCAAAUAUUAUUAAGCCAAACAAGUUCGGGCCGUUUCCUGAACAACUAGUUGCUCAUUACAUUGCUCAGGUUGUAGAAGGUCUUGUUUAUCUCCAUGAACAAGGAGUUAUACAUCGUGACAUCAAGGGUGCCAAUAUACUUACUACAAAAGAGGGUUUAGUCAAACUUGCUGAUUUUGGGGUGGCCACGAAGUUAACAGAGGCUGAUGUCAAUACACAUUCUGUUGUUGGAACACCGUAUUGGAUGGCUCCUGAGGUAAUUGAAAUGUCAGGAGUUUGUGCUGCAUCAGACAUUUGGAGUGUUGGAUGUACUGUGAUCGAACUUCUUACAUGUGUACCACCUUAUUAUGACCUGCAGCCUAUGCCUGCUCUCUUCCGUAUAGUUCAGGAUGAGCAUCCUCCAAUACCAGAUGGUCUAUCUGCUGACAUGGCUGAUUUUUUGCGUCUAUGCUUCCAGAAGGACGCCAGGCUUAGGCCUGAUGCCAAAACGCUGCUUUCUCACCCUUGGAUACUAAACUACAGGCGUACAUUACAGCCAUCCCUUCCUGCAAGUGAUGCAAUUAGGAACACACAGGAAGGAUUGAUGGAUACAGAAUUGUCUAAUGGGAAUGAAAACGGUGUAGCUGAAAGCCACUCUGUGGAUGAAGUUGCCAGAAGGGAGACCUUGUUGACAGAUGCUGAUACAAGUACAGCUGACGAUAAUCAAGGGCUGUCUGAGGAAGUGAGCGGAUUUUGUGACGAUCUUUCUGCAGACCAAGUUCCAACACUAGCUAUUCACGAGAAAUCUGUUGCUAAAUCCACUUCAAUGAUUUCUGCUCGUAUUCAAGGUGCUGGGUCAGAGCAGAUUAGUGAGCAAGGGCAUACAAUUGAUCCGGAUGAAGUGUUGACGAAUGGUGAGGCGGCAUCUCCCAAAUCGAAGCGAAAGGAUGGUGUAUCUGGAAAAGUUGAUGGGAAAGGGAGUGCUGUACAUAAAAUGAAUAGUUUAUUCAGCUUUGGGACAAGAAAUCAAGAUGAGAAUCUUCAGAAGGUUGCAAAAAAGGGCAUAUCUACGGGGAAUGAGCUCAGUAAAUUUAGUGACACACCUGGGGAUGCUUCUUUAGAGGAUUUAUUUCAUCCACUUGACAAAAAUACAGAAGACCGAUUGGCUGAUACCUCUGCUUCCACAUCCACUUCACAUCUCAACCCAAGCAGUACAACACUUGAGUCUGGAAAGAAUGACUUGGCGACUAAGUUAAGGGCUGCUAUUGCACAGAAACAGAUGGAGAAUGAAAUGGGGCAGGCGAAUGGUGGUAAUUUACUUCGCGUUAUGAUACGUGCAUUGAAGGAGGAUGUGAUUGAUAUAGACAGCAGUCUGGUGUUUGAUGACAAAAUGCCUGGAGAAAACCUUUUUCCUCUUCAGGCUGUCGAGUUCAGCAGAUUGAUUGCGUCUCUAAGGCCUGAGGAACCAGAGGAUGUUAUCGUGAAUGCAUGUCUGAAGCUUAUCGCAUUCUUUAAUCAACGUUCUGAGCAGAAAGUUGUUUUUGUCAAGCAGCAUGGUUUGCUUCCUCUCAUGGAAUUGCUUGAAGUUCCUAGACCUCGUGUUAUCUGCUCGGUCCUUCAAGUCAUAAAUCAGAUAAUCAAGGAUAAUACGGAUUUCCAGGAAAAUGCUUGUCAUGUUGGCUUGAUUCCUAUUGUGAUGGGUUUUGCUGUUCCUGAUCGUCCUCGGGAAGUUCGUAUGGAAGCAGCAUAUUUCCUGCAGCAGCUCUGCCAAUCCAGUUCCUUGACUCUGCAAAUGUUCAUUGCUUGCCGUGGAAUACCAGUUUUGGUUGGUUUUCUGGAGGCUGAUUAUGCUAAAUACAGGGAAAUGGUUCAUCUAGCUGUCGAUGGCAUGUGGCAGGUGUUCAAACUUCAGAAAUCAACACCAAGAAAUGACUUCUGCCGGAUUGCUGCCAAAAAUGGGAUUUUACUUAGACUUAUCAAUACGCUUCACAGCUUGAAUGAAGCAACUCGACUUGCUUCCAUAUCUGGUGUUAGUGGAUUAACCUCAGACGGUUCAGUUCAGCGGCCACGUUCUGGUCAACUAGAUCCUAGCCACCCUGUUUUUAGUCCAAAUGAAGCAACACAUUCUGGAUCAGAUCCGGUUGAUCUAAGGGUCCGACACAGUGCAGUUGAACACUCCUCGUCAACUGUUGAUGCAGAUAAACCUCAAUCAAGUCAUGCAAUUGUUGAAUCCUCAGCCUCGUCUAGAUCAACGGACGCUGCGGACAAAUUUGUUAAUGUAGUUAAGGAGGCCACUCGAGCUGAAAUAGAUCUUAGACAGCACCGAGUUGCUGGUUCUUCCAAUAGAACAUCCACAGACAGGCCACCAAAAGUAGAAGGUGGUUCCAAUGGGCUUCCUUAUGCUGUUUCUUCUCAACAAGAUCAAGUUCGCCCUCUCCUUAGCUUGCUUGAAAAAGAACCUCCUUCUCGGCAUUUCUCUGGUCAGUUAGAUUUGCGCCAGUUAGCAGGCAUGGAGAGACAUGAAAGUAUACUUCCUUUGUUGCAUGCAUCUAAUGAUAAGAAGGGGAAUGGUGAACUCGAUUUUCUGAUGGCAGAAUUUGCAGAGGUCUCGGGACGUGGUAGGGAGAAUGGAAAUUCUGAAACGCCAAGAAUUUCAAAUAAAACAGCUGUUAAAAAGCUCAUAUCGGUAGCUUCUAAUGAUGGAGCUGCUUCUACAUCUGGGCUUGCAUCACAGACAGCAUCAGGUGUACUCUCAGGUUCAGGUGUUUUAAAUGCCAGACCAGGGAGUGCAACAUCUUCUGGGCUACUUUCUCAUAUGGUUUCUGCAAUGAAUGCUGAUGUUUCUAGGGAGUAUCUUGAGAAGGUUGCAGAGCUCCUUCUUGAGUUUGCUCAAGCAGAUACCACAGUGAAGUCAUACAUGUGUAGUCAAAGUUUACUUACCCGACUUUUUCAUAUGUUCAACAGGGUUGAACCCCAUAUUCUUUUGAAGCUACUAAGGUGUGUCAACCAUUUGUCAACUGACCCUAACUGUCUGGAGAAUCUUCAAAGAGCUGAUGCAAUCAAACACCUUAUACCUAACCUUGAGCUGAAGGAAGGGCCUCUGAUUUCCCAAAUUCAUCAUGAGGUACUCAAUGCUCUGUUUAAUCUCUGCAAGAUAAAUAAGAGAAGGCAGGAGCAAGCAGCUGAAAAUGGAAUCAUCCCUCACUUGAUGAACUUUAUCAUGUCAGAUUCUCCCUUGAAACAGUGUGCAUUGCCUUUGUUGUGUGACAUGGCUCAUGCAUCACGUAACUCGAGAGAACAAUUAAGAGCGCAUGGUGGAUUGGAUGUAUAUUUGAGCCUACUUGAUGAUGAGCUUUGGUCCGUGACAGCUUUAGAUUCUAUUGCGGUUUGUUUGGCACAUGACAACGACAACAGGAAAGUUGAACAAGCUUUAUUGAAGAAGGAUGCAGUUCAGAAGUUGGUUAAGUUUUUCGAGAACUGCCCGGAACAGCAUUUCGUCCACAUAUUGGAGCCUUUCUUGAAAAUAAUUACGAAAUCACCCCGGAUAAACACGACAUUAGCUGUCAAUGGCUUGACACCGUUGCUUAUCGGGAAGCUCGAUCACCAAGAUGCUAUUGCUCGGCUGAAUUUGCUAAAGUUAAUUAAGGCUGUUUAUGAGCACCAUCCACGACCAAAACAAUUGAUCGUGGAGAACGAUCUUCCACAGAAGCUCCAGAACUUAAUUGAGGAGCGAAGAGAUGGACAGAGAUCUGGUGGCAGUGGGCAAGUGUUGGUAAAACAGAUGGCGACUUCAUUACUCAAGGCCCUUCAUAUCAACACAGUUUUGUAAAUUUAUCAUUUAGAGCUAUGUUCCUUUAAUCUGUUUCUUUAAUUAUAGGUUAUCAAUGUAAUUAUUCCUCUGUUUGUAAUUGUUUUUGACUCACCGGUUCACUGAUUGGAUAUUGACUGUGUGUGGGGCAACGAGAGGUUUGCACAGUGUAAUUUCUUCAUAACAUUGUCCAAAUCAACUUUUUGCUAAUUGAUGAUUAACAUUUUUCUGUAUUA